AUGGGUGUGGUAGUAAGAAAGGUUUGGCAGAGCAAUCUGGAUGCGGAAUUUGGUUUGAUGAAAGGGUGUUUGAAGCAAUUCAGGUUGGCAUUGAUGGACAGCGAAUUCCCGGGCACCAUCUACAAGCCGGAGGGGAGCGUCUCGUCUCUCUCAGCCGCCAAUCUUUAUGCGUUGAUGAAGAAAAACGUGGACGCUUUGAACAUCAUCCAACUCAGCCUCACCCUCUCCGACGCCCACGGCAACCUCCCCACUCUCGGCACACCGGCCACCUUCUACGUAUGGGAGUUCAACUUCCGCGACUUCGACUCUGACUACGACCCCUACAAUCCGGAGUCUAUCGCGUUCCUCCGCGAUCAGGGCAUCAACUUCGCCGACCACAAGCGCAGGGGUAUCAACUCCCGUUUCCUCAAAUCCGGCCUUGGAACGGGCCGGGCCUGGGUCACUUUCCACGGGCUCUACGACUUCGGGUUCUUGAUCAAGAUUCUGACGAGGCACAACCAUGUUCAAGAGCUAUUUGGGGAUCCAGGUCUACGAUUUGAAGCCCAUCACCCGCUCCUUUGCGCUUCACGGUGGGCUCGGAGUUUGAGUGUCGAGCGGGCUGGUGGGAAGAGCCAUCACGCCGGCUCAGAUAGUCUGCUCACUAUGCAACUCUUCACUCGACUUCUCCUCAACUCCAACUACGCUUCCGCUUGUGCCAUGCUUCGUCAAUUCAACUCUCUCUUGUACGGACUCACUUGUUAA